UCCCAGGGGCGGCGCGCGGCUGUCUUCCUCUCCGGGUGAGGACUCCCUGAGCAGCGGGCCAAGCAGGUGCUGCCCGCGGGGCCGGGGCCCUGAAAAUGUCUGUGCCCCGAAAGCUCAAGACGUUCAAGCUGCGGGCCUUGCACAGCCCGCAGAAGUUUGGGAUAGCGGGGAGGAGCUGCCAGGAGGUGCUGCAGAAGGGGUGCCUCCACUUCCAGGUGCCCGUGCCCGGCUCCCGCCUGUGCCUCUGGGAGGACGGCACGGAGCUGACUGCAGAUGGCUUCUGGAGCGUCCCCGACAACGCGGAGCUGGUGCUGCUCACCAAGGGCCAGGCCUGGCAGGGCUACGUGAGUGACAUCAGUCGCUUCCUCAGCGUGUUCCACAGGCCGCACGUGGGGGUCAUCCAGGCCGCCCGGCAGCUGCUGUCCGACGAGCAGGCGCCGCUGCGGCAGAAGCUGCUGGCCGACCUGCUGCACACGGUCAGCGAGAACAUCGCGGCUGAGACGAGGGCCGAGGACCCGCCCUGGUUCGAAGGUCUGGAGUCCCGGUUUAGGAACAAGUGUGCCUACCUGAGGUUCAGCUGUGCGAGCAGGAUCCGGACCUACCUGAGAGAGGUGAGCUCGCACACGUCCGUGGUGGGCGCACAGGCUCGGGAGGAGUACGCGCGGGCCGUGGCCGCCAUGGCCCAGAAGCUCAGGGCCGCGCAGUACAACGGCAGCUACUUCGACAGGGGCGCCAAGGCCGGCGGCCGGCUCUGCACGCCCGAAGGCUGGUUCUCCUGCCAGGGUCCUUUCGACAUGGCCGACUGUGCGUCCAGACACUCCAUCAACCCCUACGGCAGCCGGGAGAGCCGGGUCCUCUUCAGCACCUGGAACCUGGACCACAUAAUAGAGAAGAAGCGCACGGUGAUCCCCGCGCUGGCGGAGGCGGUCGGCGCGCAGGCCGGCAGGCAGGUGGACUGGGAGUACUUCUACAGCCUGCUCUUCACCUGCGAGAACCUCAAGUUGGUGCACAUCGCCUGCCACAAGAAGACCACCCACAGGCUCAGCUGUGACCCGCACAGGAUCUACAGGCGCCAGGCCAAGCCCACGAGGAGGCGGGCUGUGCGCAAGCGCCCCUGACUCGGGCCGCGUCCUGGUGCCGUGCGGGAUUUUAACUGGUGCUAUUUUUCUGCCACUGCAAUAGCUUCUGAAAAACACGCUUACAGAAUCUCCCUAGAUUUCUGCCUCAGCGCAUUUCGGCAUGUUUCCUGCGCCUGAGAGCUGCGGACACCGGGGCCUGGGGCCUGGUCGGCGGGUCAGGGACCGGAGUCCUCUGACUUGACCCACUCUGCUUGCUUUGUGGCACAGUUGCAACGGGAACAGUGUCAUGGCCAAAGCCGCCAACCUUGCCUGAGGGACAGCUCUGCCGGGUCUCCACUCCCCAGACCGAAGCUCCAUCCUCUGGACUCUUCCAAAUGCUGGGAUCGUGACCCUUUCGGGGUGAACUGCUCACACCCCACAAGGAGCACAAGGGUGCUCGCUGCUGUGCCGUUCCGGCCGGAAGCAGGCCGCCCACGGCCGUCAGAGGGGCGUGGCGAUCGUGGCCCCGCGCUCAGCCAUGAGAUUGCGGGCUGCUAGGCCAAGCGGUCAGUGUUGAUUUCACGGUUCAGCCUCACACACGUAGUGAGGCCCCGCCGUGCACAGCACGGGUGUUUGUGACUGGACACGGGAGCUGCCUGUUAAAUGCACCGGCAAGUGGCCUAAUGCUAAGGCCACGAGUAUGUGUCACACACGUGCUAGUGUGAGGCAGCUCGUCUGUGACAGCAGUGAUCCUGGGGACAGUGGGUGCGCCGGUUACAAGGACUGGUGUUCUAAACCGUGUUUUAUGAGAGUCGGCCCUCGUGUCCGCCGGCUUUGUGUCGCAGCUGGAAUCCUCGGGUGCAGAGAGCCGACUGCAUGCACUGCUCUUCCUCGUUCCAUAUCAGGGCCUGAGCAUCCUCAGAUUUUUGGUGUUGGGGUGGGGUUCUGGAACCAGCCUCCCGCGGGUACCGAGGAACGCUUGUACUUGAAGUUUUUAAAAUGAGCAUUUAUUUCAGAAUUUUUAAAAUUUAGUUUUUUACCUUUUGUAACAUUUGAAUUUUCACAUUCGUUGUAGAACCAGGAAAAGCAGUAAAGGUUUUUCACAAAUA